AUGGUGACUAGAUACCACAAUUUCAUUAUUGCAUUUUUGUUGUUUGUUUGGGUGAUGUAUUAUGGAAAGUCGAUAUCGGGAAAAGUACAUUUGAAUGAUAGCAAAGGAAUCAAUGGUGGGGAAAGAAAGGACAGGGGAAGUGUGAAGUUCCCACCGUCAAUGAUUGGUGGUGAGGAUGAAGGGGGUGUCAAAAGAGUAGGUUGGCGUGGGGGUGGUGGAAGCGUUGGAGCAGGAAAUAAAGAAUCAGAGGAGAGUAAAUUAGGAAGACUGGAAGAAAUUGGAAUGGGAAGGGGGAGAAUUGCACCCGGUGAUGCCAGUCCGCAUGAGGAGAAAUUGUUGAAAGAGGAGAAGGAGAAGAAAAGAUUAAGUGAGGAGAAGAAAGCGGACGACAAAAGGAUUCAGGAGGAAAAGGAAGAACAGGAGAGAAAAGCAAAAGAGGAGCAAGAAAGAAAAGAGAACGAAGAAGAUGAAGACGCGGAGGAAAAUUCGAAUAGGGAGGAAGAAAUGGAGGUUGAAAUGAUCGAGGAGGAAGACAUCAAUCAUGCGGAUACGAACAAUAAAGAAGUGGAAGAAGUGAACGGCGAAUCUGAGCUCCUCGCUCUCCGUUCCCUCUGCGAAACCACCGUAUUUCAACCUGGACUCUACCUCCAGUGUCACUCUUCGUGUGGUCCUAACUCUACGUCCAUCUGCGGUGGUCUAAACAAUGCCCGUAAUCGUAUACAAACCUGUCUUCGGUUGGCCUUAGACCUCGGUUCCGGAAUCAUCCUUCCCACAGUGCAAUCGCAUCGCAACGCUGAGAACCUCGUUGAAUACGGCGAUACCACUGAUAAUACUCUAUGUCCAGACGUAUAUUGGAAUAUCGAAUUUCUUCUCCAGGAGAUGGGAUCUGCUUGCCCAGAGCUAGAAAUACGACAAUGUGGGGAUGUUUCUGGAAUAGACGAGGAUAGAAUUAUACAGAUGGAGAAGAGAGAACACGGAGAUGCCAGUCACCACAUCGGCACGUUCAAAGCAAUAGUAAAUGAGCAUUUGGAAUCUCUUUCCCUCUCAUCCAUUUCAGCCGACAAUCCAGUUGCAAGUGGCUUUGGCGAUACAAUAUAUGCAUAUAAUUAUACAUAUGACUCGGAACAAGCCCUGCAAAAAGAGCUCUUCCGUACCCUAAGAUACAAUCGGAAGUUACUCGAUCUCGGAUCGAGGCUUCGAUAUAGUCCCGAAUUACGUGAUGGAUAUAUCGGAAUUCACUUCCGGGGUGAAAGCGAUUGGCCCCAAAGUUUUGGUUCACGGGAAGAUCAAAUAAAUUUUUUCACACAGGAAAUCGAGCUUGCAUCUACUGCCCAAGGGGCUACCGAGGGUAUUAAGACCAUAUAUAUGAGCUGCGGGGAUGAGGCAGCCAUCUCAGCGUUUCGUGAGCCCCUUUCGGCACUCGGGUAUCGGGUGUAUGACAAGUGGAAUUUGGCAUCAUCUCUCACCGAUCCGUCGUUGACGUUAGAAGAGAUGGAAUUCGACAUCAUAGCUAUCAUUGACUAUGCUGUGUUGGUUGAGGCAGCACUUUUUCUCGGGGUAUGGAUGUCGACAUUUUCUCAAACCAUUGCAUAUGCACGUACGGUGGAGCUCGAGGAGGAUUACUGGGAGACAUAUGUCAAUCCAGGAAGUAGAAGGGAUGGACUGACGAGAUUGUGGGACCAAGCACCUGCUUUGAAAGGAGACACAACGACUAAGAUAUUAGUCGUCAACACAGGCGGGUUCAAUAAUAUGGAUUUUUACCCGUGA